AUGGUAACUUCAUGGAUUCUGAAUUCUCUUUCCAAAAAAAUUGCGGAUAGUGUGGAAUAUGCUAGUGAUGCUAUUGAGUUGUUUAAGGAGCUGGAGGAUUGCUAUGUACAAAACAAUGGAGCUAGAUUGUAUCAAAUUAAAAAAGAAAUCAAUGGUCUCUCUCAAGGAGCCCUUGACAUCACUGGCGAUUAUACUAAGCUGAAAAAGCUAUGGGAAGAGCUGAAUACUCUGAAUAAGAGGACUCAAUGUAGUUGCCUUUGUAAUUGUGGUGCAAAGCAAAGCAUGUACAAAGCUAAACAAGAUAGGAGAUUGAUACAAUUCCUCAUAGGACUCAAUGAAGUGUACACUAUAGUUCGAGGGAGUAUUCUUAUGAUGAAUCCACUGCCUACGUUGGCUCAAGACUUCUCCUUACUUAUCCAGGAUGAAAAGCAAAGGGAGAUCAAGCCAAAUAAUCAGUUGUCGAUUGAAUCCACCUCUUUGAAUAAUUCCAAUCAAACUGCACGAUACCCUCAAAAUGUCCAUCAAAACCUCAGACACAAUAGAGGGAAGAGGAUGGUAGCAAAUGUACAAGGAAUGUCAACUUAUGCAAUGACAAGCAAGCUUGAUGAGUGUGAUGCCCAAGAUGAGAAUCAGAAUGUGAAUCUGACUAAGGAGAAGUAUGGACAACUUGUUAUUCUACUUCAACACUUUCAGCUUGGCAAUGAUGGAGAGAACUCAAGAAACUCAAGUCCUACCAAUGUUGUAAACUUUGCAGUAUUGUUGUUUGCACAUCUUCUAUUGAUUUUGGUAAACUCUUAUGUAGAUGCUUUAAAUCAAAGAUUGACACAUGGACACUAG